AUGGAGAGAGCCUGGAUCAAGCUCCGCUUCUGUCAUUUCGGAAUUGCAGCCACAGUGAGUCGAGAUCCGAAUACAGACACGCUACGAAGGACUUGUAUUCGCGUCGGCAGUGCACCCGCUUCGACGAUACCUGACUGGGUGGCCGCGACAUUUAGAAGCGGCCCUACCGAAGAUUCCCUGGGGAGAACAGAAGGGUCGCGGGACGCUUGCCAACUCUCGGUGAUCAUCCCAGAGUUAGAUCCUCACAGCGAAUUUCUGGAGACUCAACUGAUUCUGAGAUCCCCCGCCUGGCUAAUAGACGACAACGGCGCCCUAGGACUUCUGAAUGCGCUGGUCAUGUUCGCCGCCAAUGACAUCAGAAGACCUGUACCAGAGAUACUCAACUAG